UCUUCCACCCUGUCCCUUCGCUCGUUCGCUACUCUGUUUCAGUGAGGAAAAACCAGCUCCCACGCGCGCGCCCGCUACCCUUUGCCCCGGCGCCCCCCUCCCCGGCCCGAUGGCCAACCCGCGCCUCCUCCUCGCCAGGUUCCUCUGCGUCGUCGCCGCCGUCACCUUCUGCGCCUGCCUCCCCUCCCCAGUCUCCGCCAUCCGGAAGGACAUUGGUUUGGCUGCACCCAUAAUGUGCAGGAGAACCGUUCAAGGCCGGCAUUUGAUAUCAGAUGAUAAUGGUUAUGUAUGUACUGCCCUUUCCAUCGAUCCGUGGUCUCGCUGCUGCCCACGAACAGGAGCACGCUUCUCCUGUCAGGGCUGCAACCUUGAUUUGCAGUGCUGCAAUUCUUACGAGUAUUGUGUUUCUUGCUGCUUGAAUCCUUCUAGGACCAAGGAAGGGGACGUGCUGAAGUUGAAGGUAGCUAAGCCAGUUACUGCUGGAACUUACCCCAGUAUCUUCGAUUUCUGCAUGGGAAGAUGCCGCCAUAGUUCUGCAAGCGUGGUCCAUGAAAAUGCAUAUUUGAGUGAUUUCCAUCAUUGCUUUCUGGUGCAGCAAAAUUCAUCGGCAGGAUCAACUGAAUCUAAUUUUGGAUCAAGGCUGGAUGGCAUUAACGUCAUUUUGGGAAGGCAGGGGGAGUCGUGUACUUCUGCAUGCAGAGCAAAAGGACAGUCAUGUGUUCCAAGCAGGCUUUCUGAGUUGAACAAAUGUCAGAUUUUGCAGAAAUAUAUGAGAUGCAAAAAUGGUUGCUUUCCCAGUCUUGGGCCUGAUCAACCUGCCGAAGUUGUAGAUGAAGCUCCAAAAAAUUUGAACCCUGGAGCGUGCUUGUACAUGCAGAUGGAUGACCGCCUCACCUGUGACGGCUCACAUCAACAUACCCGAAGGCUGUGUCCUUGUGCAUGAAACGGUGGAAAAAAUUGUGGCAGUCCUAAGAGAGGAAAGAGGUAAUCCGGCGAAAGCUGCCGGCUCAAAGUGGCAUGCCCAUUUCUGCACCGAGUUCCCAAAUGGCAUAUAUCGCGGAUAAAAAGAGAACAUAUCGUAGCGCAUGCAGUUUAUCUUUUGCAUGUCUGGAUGCAAUCACUCGUGUCCAGAGCAAGCAGCUUCUCAAACGCUUGUUUUUAUAGUAAUAUAUAUAUGGUCACAAAUUUCCAUGCA